GCCACGUCUACGCUGGGACACUUCCUUUCGCUUGCGCGGUGGUCGACCCGUCCACCGAUGAUGAAGUCGAGGUUGAUGCCCUCGCGACUAUAAAGGAAUUGACAACGAUGACCCGACUGCCGGAUUACAUCACUGCGCUUCUACUCGCGGCGUUCGUGGGCACGCUGCCGGUCCACUCUCAAGUCUGCGGCAACCACCAAUACAGAGCCAAAAGCGGUUUCUGUUGCAAGCUCUGUCCCGCAGGUAGGUUCCUGGAAAAAGAAUGCCCCACGCAAGGAAGCACGUCCAUCUGCGAAGCUUGUCCCGCCGGUUUCUUUACGGCGAUCGACAACUACUCUGAAAAAUGCUUCAAAUGCCAGCCCUGCGAAUCAGACGAGGUGGAAGUAAGUCCGUGCAGCGCAUCUUCAGACAGGGUCUGCACGUGUAUGCCGGAAUUCUACAAACCGGAGGGUGAACACUUUUGCAGGCCACAGGCCACCACCGCAGAUGUCCCAGCAUCUGAUGGAUCCACCCUUCCGAUUGCCAUCGGCGGUGCUAUUGGCGGCGUGUGUCUUUUAGUCGCAGCACUGAUUUGUUUUUUCCUGAUGAGGAAACGCCGGCGACGCGCCAUUCCAGUAAGUUGCAAUAUUCAGAUGGAAAAUGUAUCCGCGAGCAAGCGAGACAACAUUGUCAACAACCAAGCACAGCAUGAGCCGCUCCUUCACAAUGUCGUUUGCAAUGGGACCGUCAGUCAGUUGGUGCAACCAACUGACUAUUCAAGAUAUAACAUACCCGUCACAGAGGAAGACCUCAUGGAAAUCCACAAGGCUCGAGCCGACAGCUCAGCGGUGGCCUUCGUGAACGUGAUGAGGAACGCCGGUCUUUCGGAAACAGACGUUGAAAGGAUCCAGCACGAUUACAAAAACAACGUAGAGGAGCAAAACUACAAGAUGUUGUACAAGUGGUUGCAGGUGAAGGGUAGGAAAGCCACAUUUGCCGCCCUUCUAAAGGCUAUGGAUGAGUGCCGUUUGCACAAGCUGAGUGAGGACUGCCAGAAGAGGUUUGACGAAAUACUAAAAAAAUACGCCAAAAACGAUGAUGAUGAUGACGAAGAUGGUUAAAAGGGUGCGGUGUAUUUCACAGAAUAAACUAAACAAGAGAAAACACAAACUGGCAUCUCUCUUUAGCUGUGAAGCUGAACCAAAGCACCAUUUUGCAGUGGGUGUGUUACGUGGUGUUGGAGGGAAAAAAAGCGGAGGACCCACGAGGAAAAAAUCCAUGCGACCACCACGGGGUGAGAGACACGCAUUCAAAAUAUAUACCAGCAGGCGUCAGGGGGUCGACCUCUUGCAUACCAGGCAAGGUAGUUAACGUCUCCCAGCCACCGCGUCUUGAGGCCGCAGUUUACACGAGCUACUUACCAUUGUGGUGGUAGAGCAACGGGGCUAAACUGUACUGAUGAGCCGUAAUGAAGGUGAAACCGGUAUGAGCACCGUUGCACAUCGGAGCAACAUGUAGGAGGCUUUCGCGACAAAUAUAAUUCGUAAUAAAGGAGUUUUUCAUGGGUUAGAUGGCGUAAAUAUAAAUGUGGUCUCGUUAAAACACAGCCGCCACCACCCGACAGCCAAUCGGUAAGGGGUUAGUUGUGUCAACACAAUUCUGGCAAAUUUCCCAAUGAAGCUGUUGGUUGUUGUAAUGACUGGUGAAACGUCACACACCAGCUGACUCGAAUUGUAAAAAGUUGUUGUGCGUUUACUACUCUCCAACACACACAACAACCGGUUUAGUGCACCAAACUAAGUAAACUAAAUUGAAUGCCUUUGUGUUGAUUGGUGGUGGCGGUAGUAGGUUCAACGGCACGCAUUUAUAUUUAACACAAUCUAAUCCAAAAAAUAUAUACCUUCACUAUGCAGGAAUAUAUUUGUGUCGCCGAAACUGCAAUGGGCGUGCACAGGUUAGCAAGUCGCACGCGCGGAUGCAGGCGUGCGGGUGGGAUUGACCCUGGGCAGUCCCUCCACCAUCAUUCCCAUCAGGGGCAGUUAUAAAAUGAGGCGUACUUUAUGGAAAAUUCAGCGAAAGUACUUGCGUACGUUGACCUUCUUUGGGUAUCGUAUGUAGUCAACCACGCUAAUCGGGAGGUGGCGGGCGGGCGGGCGGACAGGGACAAACCGACCUUUUAGCAGGAUGUCACGUUGAUCGAUUUCCAGCAGAACAUUGCACAAAAUUGUUCCAAAAAAAAUGUAAACCUCGCUAAUUCAACAUUCCAGUUUUACAGAAACAGAUUUUUUUUUUAUAAUCGAUUUUUCAUAUUUGCCCCAGUGACAACUUGGAUUUGAUUGGCCACGAUUGGUCUAAGGACACGUGCACGUUGAACUUCUUUGGCGGCGUAUGGAGCCAAACCGUGCUAAAAAUAGGGAAAAACUACAAACACGAAGAGCAGGUCUAAAGCUCUACCCGAAACAAACGUUCAAUAUGACGAUUCCAAAACUGGAGUUGUAUAAAUCGGUGCCAUGCAGCUUAUUGCGGCCCCAAUGUGCAUCCGGUCUGCAGUUGCCAUGUUGCCUCACUGCCACAACAUUUGAGGUCAAAACAUUCUCCCCCUUUUAAAAUCUGGGAACUCGGAGAGGGGUAACCGGUGUGAGUGGCCCGGAGAUGUUAACUGCCUCGCCUGAAAUACAGGAGGUCCCUGCGGGUUCGAUCCCGACCCUGACGAUGAUACUCUUAGGUUUUUUCGGUAAAGUCACGUAGGUAAAAAAUAAAAUUAAAAGUUAAUAAAAGCCAGAUUUGCUGUAUCAAUACAUAUCAAUACAUCAAUAUCAAUACAUAAAUACAGCAAAUCUGGCUGUGACGGUCCCACCUGAUGACGGAGACUUGUGUUUUAUUUUUUACCUACGUGACUUUACCGAAAAAACCUAAGAGUAUGAAUCCUUGCAGUCACGAAAGCUUCAAAUCCUGACGAUGAUGCCUGUUGCUGUAUAUUUAGUGAGAGGUUACCUCCCUCGCCUGGUAUGCAUGAGAUCGUGGGUUUGAUCCCGUGACCCUGAUGAUGCCUGCUGCUGCUGUUGUAUAUGUGGAGCCUGUGCGUUUCUCUCUCUCCCUGUGGUGGUUACUGCGUGGAUAUUUUUUCUUCCGGUUUUCCUCUUCCACGUUUAGAAUCAACAUCUCUGCGAGUUUAAUAAGAGCAUUUGGCUGCUACUCUGAAUAUCCACUCGAGGAUAAGCCACUUGGUUGAGUUAUCCUUUGUGAUGGCUGGGUCACUACUGAAAAAAAGUCACGUAGCUCAGUUGGAGGGCGGGGAGCCUUAAACGUUAAAAAAUGUUUAUAGUUUUAGGUUUGACUUUCAUGCCUUCCUAUUAAGUGGCAGUGGACGAUGUCACCGUUUGCGAGCACAAAAGCCGCCUCAAAUAUUUAACCCCACACUUUUUCUCCCGGUCCCAUUACGAUGACGUACGUCAUAUAACUUUUAUCAGUAUACCGAGGGCUAGUCCCACAAGGACGACGCGACAGCGUGCAUGUGCGCGCGUGUGGCACAGUUCUUGGCGCCGGCUAUUGUUGUGUGACGGGGCGUUCCGUGCCACUACGCUUCUCUCUGCGGUGAGUAACAAUGUCUUAGAAAACUAAAUAAACUAUUUAUAUUUUACUAACGCUAUUUAUAUUUUAACACCGGAGCCCGCUGGCCAGUAGGGAGGGGCACGGGGGUCAGAAAGUUACAAUAAACAAUAAAUACCCACACAGCCACCCUGCAAACUUGCAAGACGUCAUCGGUAAUGGGAAAGGGGGUUAAGUAUUUUAUGAUUAUCCGGGGCAAACGGAUGCUGUGGUCCCUACCAAAGCUGAGGUUGCUGGCUUUGUCUUUGCAGCCGAUUCUCCAUGAGAUGAGGGUUAUAUGGGAGGCAGGGGUAAAAUGGGAGUUCGGCGAUUAAAGAGUAUUUGGAUACUGCUGUAAAUGCCCACGUGUUGAUGAUAUCAGCCACUUCUCGUUGUUCUGCUAUCAUUUGUGAUUGCCUAGUCGCUUCUGAAUAAGAGCUACGUCAUAACUCAGUGGGGCCCCACACCUGGUAAAAUAACAAGAUUAGUUGCAUCAUGGGACCUCCUUUGCCAGUACCAAAAUAUACUAAUAGGGUUUUUCACCUUUUUUCUGGCAACAAAACUGACACCUUUUUGUUGCCAGAAAAAAGGGGCAAAACCCUAUUAGUAUAUUUUGGUACUGGCAAAGGAGGUCCCAUGAUGUAGCUGCUCACCCCGAGCUCUCAUUACUCUGGUAGUGCGUUGUCUUUGAACUGUGCGCCUUUUGGCGUCAUCUGGUCGAACACCAUAUGAGACUAGGCUCUAAAGAAAGCUGUCUCUGGUGUGGACCAAUCAGUUUCAAAGACAAUGCAUAAAUGAUCAGAGUAUUGUAUUUUGUUUGCAUUUGACUGCAAGUAUUGUGGUUAAUGUAAGCAUGAUUCCUUGCAAAAGGUGUCAGUUUUGUUGCCAUAAAAAAGGGGAAAAACCCUAUUAGUAAGAUUAGUUGCGUUUAAUCCAUGGGUCUCUAGGUAUUUGGUUGCUGUAAAUAUUCACGUGGUGAUGAUUAUAUAAGCCACUUCUGGUUGAUUGUCUAUCAUUUGUGAUGGCCAGGGCGCUUCUGAAACCGUUAACUAAACAUGUACAAUAAUCGAAUACAGGGAAGCCCUCGCUUAUCGCGCAAUCGUGUGGAACACCGAUUCGUUACGAGCGCUCUUUUGUCCUGGAGAUUAUUUAAACCAAUGUUUAAGAAAAUAAAAAACGAGAAAAUAAAAAAAUCUACAAAGCUCUUACGAACGAGGAAACGUCCCCCCCACCCCGGCCCCCAUCAUUCACUCAGCCAAUGAGAGUGAGGCAUGACUUCAGAGCCAACCAGAACCCCACUACCACCCCCACCACUAUUUGAUUAUCACGAUUUGUGGUAGCGAUUAUGUAUUAGUACAGUUAGAAUGCACAUAAGAGUACAGUACAUAUGUAAUAAUAAUGAAAACAAUUCUUAUUCAUGAGAUUAGUUUCCUACCUGUAUUAUUAUUGGCACUUACCGAUAUCCCACAUCGAAGCCCUCGUAUACAAAUCGCUUGUACGAGAUAAAUAACGCCAAGUUGGAACGCUAUGCCCCACGUGCACAAUGGAUGCCACGGUGGCUGGGGAAAUGUUAAUUCCAUCACCUGGUAUGCAGGAAGUCGUGGGUUCGAUCCCGUGACCCUGACACCUGCUGUAUAUUUGGAGUUUGCGUGUGUCUCUCUCCCCAUGGUAGUCGCAUGGAUUUUUCUCCGGGUCCUCUGGGUUUUCCCUUCACAUUUAUAAACAUGCGUUUCUAAGACUAUUUGGCUACUGCAAAUUUCCAUGUGAUGAUAAGCCACAUCGUUGAGCUGCUAGCGUUUCUUAUGGCAGGUCGCUUCUGAAAAAGCUCGGUAGUGCCUUACUUGGUAAAAUAAGAACUAGUUUAUAGUUAAGUUUAUAGCAACCCUGCCCCCCCCGCGGUAAGCGCCGAUUUCAGUUAGCGCUCCCAUCUCACGGGAACGAUGAACGAAUGCGUCGAGUAGCAGCACUAAGCGAGGUCUACUGAAGCUGCACAAUUAAUAAAUAAUGUCGUUGGAAACAUGCUAAUCCCCACACUCACAACGGUAUAGUGACACCCUGUUAGUGCCGAUCUCGGCUCGCGCUCACUUCUCCUGUAAGGAACAAACAGCUUUGCGAGUAGCGGUGCUAAGCGAGGUCUGCCUGUAAUCCAGACAUUUUUAAAUCCUUUAUAUUAACUUCACUUGCUUGCGCGCUUACGACCGUGCAAAUCUUUCGGUCGUUUUUUAACCCACUUCCCGUGAUCCAAUCGAGCUGACAUUUUGCACAUCGACUCGUUGUGCGUGACAAUUUAUUUUGGUAAAACAUUUUUUCCAAAAUUUUCCACUUUUUAGGAAUGUUUUUUUUCAUAUUUAAUUUAAAAUACCAAUGUGAUAAAAAUGAAACUCUUACUCAAGAAAAACAGAAAUAAAUAAUAAAAUAAAACCGAUGCCACGCAUAUAAAGGAUUUAUAGUGAAAAACUUUGUUUUUACGGGUUAAUUUUUUUAUUAUCCAAAAAAAAAAACCUCAUCCGCGAUAUUUACAUCGUAAUUUAUGUCAAAAUCUGUGUGCGCCGGUUCAUUCGCAAAUCGGAUCAACCGCACGCGCGGAUAAUCGAGAACCUAAAUGUAUUCUGUUUGAGAGCGAUAAUCCGAUCGUGAUGGAUAAAACACGAACGCUUCACGUGAUGUUCAAUGUCUCAUGAUUUAAAUGUCGCCAGAUGCUCUCUAGAAGAUGGUGAUUGCUUGCGUGCAACAUUUUAAUUUUUUAUCGCAUCGUGUAUCAUAUUCAGCAAGGCAAAUGUUUUCCUGAUAAGUUUUAACGAAGAGUAUCACGUAUUUUAUAUAUGGGACGUAUGUUUUACCAAUAUCAAAGUAUGAAAAAUAAAAACAGGUGUGGUUUUUACCUAUGUCGGGCAAUAAUAAAACACGAGUUGGUGUUAAACACCAAAGACACACCUAUUGCAAGGCAUCAAAGUCUGCGUGAACCACACAUCAUGAUUGUGGCAAAACAUGCACACAAGGAUGCUCUAAGACAAAUAAUAACUAGCCUUUUGCCCGUCCAAGGACGGGUUUAUUUCAGUAAAUCUGAAACUUGCAACCAAGACCGCGACGUGAUAUUCAUUGCAUCAAUUCGUGUGCAAUUUGUAAGGCCGCGGUGACACAGACUUAUUUCAUUUAAAGGUUAUAAUCCCUUGUUCAUCAUGACAUCCUUUUUACUUCUAUGUCUCAAUAGCGUUACGGAGAUCGCAUGACGCGAGGGUUCUGCCUUUGUAGUGAGGGUUGUAAGUUGACGCUGAGGAGGGGGGAGGAGGCACCUCGCCCCCCCCCAUGUGGAGUGACGUCACUCCACGUCGGCCAGCCCCCCUCAUUAAUAAUCAUGAACAGGUGACGUCCUCCACAGGUACCCCCGUCAUUAAUAAUCAUGAGCGGGUGAGGAGUGAAGUAAUGUGUGGAACACACAAGACAUCCUUGGCUCAUCAUAGUAGUCAAUGAUGCAUGCGUUGUCUUUGAAACGAAUUGGCCUAAACCAGACGGCAUUGUCUCUGCACCACCUGUGUUAGUAGACGAGAGAACAUCGCCAAAAAGGCGAACAGCACAAAGGCAGAACAUGGACAGCUCGCGUUGAGCAAGUUAUAUCUAGAACUGUUUUAUUGCCGGAAGGGAAUAAAAACCUAUUCUUAUUCAUCACAUAUUUAUUCCAAAAUCCACGCAAAUGUCACAUAAGCCUGUAGCCUACAGGUGCCAGUGGUAACCACUUCAGUUUCUUGCGUUGUGCUGUGAUAAAUGGGUGCCGCGGUGGUUGAGAUGUUAUCUCCCUCGCCUCGUAUGCAGGUCGUGGGUUCGAAAACGACCCUGACGAUGCCUGCUAUUUGGAGUUUGCAUGAACUCUCUCUUCCCCCCCGCCGUUGUGCGUGUGGCUUUUUUUCCCAGGCACCUCCGGUUUCCCCAUCCACAUUUUUGAAAUCAACUCCUCUACACGUUUAAUGUACAUCAAAUUUGCCACUUUCAAUUUCCACGCAAUAAGCCACUUGGUUGAGCCGUAAUCAUUACGUGAUGGUGACCAGGUUGCUUCUGAAAAAGAGCUACAUAGCUCAGUGGAGCCUUACCUGGUAAAAUAUAAAAUAGUUCAUAGUUGAAAAAAAAGUUAAAUCUCCACAUGAUGAAUUAAUAAUUUCGAUUUCAAGCUUUCGUGACUGCAGGGAUUCAUCUUCUUGGUUCUUUCGGUAAAGUCACGUAGAAGGGAAAUAAUAAAAUAAUAAAAAUAAAACAUUAUAAAAUAAUUCUCACGACGUUUCGGCCACAACGCAAGCAGCCGUCUUCAGGUGAAGAACAGGUCUGUCGGGAAGACAGCGUCUGAAUGAAACACCCCAGGCUUGGAGCGUAUAUUUAAGCUGGGUUGGAGGGGGCAGAGCGCCUUGACAAAAUAAUUCACAUGAUGAAUUAAUAGUCCGAGAUGUCGCACUGCCACCAGCCAUCGAACUGGACACCUCGUUCAUUUUCCGUUUCGUGGAGAAAGUGUCCCCAACAUCUUCCGUAGAGUGUCCGGAUAUCGAUUCGAGGAGGGCUAGAUCUGGCAAUGCCAAUUGUGCACAAAUCCUGGCUCAGAUGAGGGGACAGUCGAUGCACAGGCAAUGUAAAUCAAGCAUACCUCUGAACCCAUGCGGUUUACCCGUAUUCUUGUACAGGGAAAUUGAGUUUUCGGGUCCAUACGGUGCACAGCUGUGCCGAUACGGGCAAAAAAAGUGUCUGUUUAAUUGUGUUUCUCCCUUGUGAUGCGACUUUGUAGGAUGAACGUUGAGAUGUAUAAAGGGCACGGGGUGACCAAUAAGGUUUGAAUUGGUCUAUAAUAACUGAUAAGUGCUUCAAUCUUGAUUUGAAGCUUUCGUGACUGCAGGAAUCCAUACUCUUCUGUGCUUUCGGUAACGUCACGUAGGUAUAAAAUAAAAUAAAUCACGCUUGUUUUGCGCCCGAAACGUCGUGGUUUAUUUUAUUUUAUACCUACGUGACUUUACCGAAAGAACCGAAGAGUAUGAUAAGUGCUUUUUUUUAGUUAGAUGAUUAGGACUAUUUGGCCACUGCGAGAUAUUUCUAUUUGAAGACUCCACUCGGCUGCGACCAUUCAAGAUAGCCACCUCGCUUCUGAAAAAUGAGCUGUGUAGCUUAGUGGAGCCUUGCCUGGUAAUACAUAUUAUAUAUCGAUAAGAUGUUUUUUUUGUGUGUUGGAUUAGAUCACGUAAAUAUGUGUCCGAUUGUAAAUGUCGUAGCGGGUUUGCUCUCCAACACAACCGGUUAGUGCUGAACUAGUAUACUACACUAUAAACUAGUGCUGUAACUCGUAACUAAUUGGCACGUUCUGUUUACGUGACAAACCCUUUACUAAUUAGCUGUGUCGGGUUUAAUAUAUGCAUUUAUAUGUAUGCGAUUUAACCCAAAGAAACCCGCAUUUAUGGAUAACAUUAGUCUAGAAAGCCCUACUAUGUGUUAAAUAGAUGUAACUCUUAGGUCACUAAUGUAUCUACGUAAGGAAAUGUAUAGCAGCAGCUAAACAUUCUUAUUGGUGCCGAGGAACUACUCCCCUGCUCUCUCCUCCCUGCAACCCACAUUGAGUGAUAGAACAUUUUGGCUUGUGUGUGUAUAGAGUUGUUGUAAACCCCUAGAAUCAUAGUUCAUGAUUGUCUCAAUGCUGGAUUUCUGAUAGCCGUGUUAAUUGUACGCCCUGUGUUUGUUUUAUUAAUGUUUUUAAAAAUAAAGAUUGCUUCAUUA